UAUCCCUCCGCGUCAGCACAGAGCAAAGAAGGCGGUGGACUUCAAAUUGCCUCCCCGGCCCAGAGCAAAGUCCAGAUAGCAGAUAACGGCAAGGACGGGACUGUGGGAGUAGCGCCCCCUCUCGGCGAGCACGAGAAGUACCAUGUUUUCUUCUGCUACAGCAGCGCUGAUGCACCAUGGGUAAAAGGCAUUGUUCAAAAGCUAGAAUCAGACGACUUCGGCUUCAAGUGUUGUAUCCACGAUCGCGAUUUUACUCCGGGAGCGUAUGUCAUCGAAAACAUCGCGCGUUCCAUCAAAGAGAGUCAAAAGACUGUCUUCGUAAUCUCGCGAGACUUCGUGACCAGCAAGUGGUGCGAGUUCGAACGGCAGCUGGUCAUGAGUGAAAGCCUCACGGAGAAGAAUAAAAAGGUCAUUCCCGUCAUGCUCCGCGAGUGUGUACUGCCAAACUUCCUACAGCACAUGACGCACCUGGAGGAAUGGACGCCUUACUUCUUCGACAGGUUUAUCGGCGCUUUGAAAGGUAAAAUCACAGAUAAACCUGGAAGCGGACAUGAUCCAUUAUCUACAUUCUCCUACAACCCAAACUACAUUAACGGCCAGCACGUCUUGAAGAUUGAGCCAGAGCACGCGUGGGAACAACCGUGCUGUCGGUUUGACGAUCAGAUUCUUCACGCCAAGCUGAUGUCCAGGGGAAUAGGCAGAGAAGACGCCGUCACGGUUAUGAAAAAGGUCACGAAGACCAGCAAGAUGGAGAAGUUCAACUGGUACUACACCAAGUAUGCCCCUUUGCACACGUUUGCUGAGAUGAUGUCAGGGAUCUUCCUCAUCAUAUUGAUAGCGAACCACAAGAGCAUAUUCACCGAUGGAGACUACCGCUCUCUUGUGGCAGCUCCGAUGAACAGGAACAUGGAACGCACAAUGGUGGAGGUGAACACCAUCCUGGCAAAAUACCACAUCUUUGCGACUGUGACCGACCAAUACCUUGGUAUCGCUAAGGCUGGCCUUCAAAUACAGCAAGACUUGAUGGCUAUGGCAACGCAGAAAUCAGCCUCAGUGGAAGUCAACAUCCAAGACAGCUUUUCUGACCCUCUGGCUAAAGCCGAUGCCCUACUGAUGAAGUACAGUGAGCUGUACGCGCGGCGUCUGGUCGCCAAGAUGCACAUUGUGCCCCGUGAGUCCCGCGGACACAUCAAAUAUGGUGCCUGCCUGUGUCAGCUGGUGGAGAUAUACGAGUUCGGCUGGAAAACGGACUUCAUACUUACAUGUGCAAAGUAA